CUUUACUACUGUCUGCGAUGAGACUCUAUGCCGCUCGCCCACUGGAAUAUCACCCCCCGUGUGACAAGUGAUAAGUGACGGAUUUUACGCGCACGCCACGCCGCUCGGUUUUCCAAAAUAAAGGAAGGACAACGCGGCAGCGGCAAAUGCCUACCAUGAUUGUGGGAUUAAUACAGCUUUUGUGCGUGGUUACGGCGGUUUUCGGGAUGGAAGAAACUCUGAUGGACACUCGGACCGCCACAGCAGAGCUUGGGUGGACGGCGUAUCCUUCCUCAGGGUGGGAGGAAGUCAGCGGCUAUGACGAGAACCUCAACACCAUCCGAACAUACCAGGUGUGCAAUGUCUUUGAAUCCAACCAGAACAACUGGCUGCUCACCACCUUCAUUGCUCGGCGUGGAGCUCAACGCAUCUACGUGGAGAUGCGAUUCACCGUCCGAGACUGCAGCAGCAUCCCGCGGGUUCCUGGAUCCUGCAAGGAGACAUUCAACCUCUACUACUAUGAGACAGACUCCGUGAUCGCCACCAAGGGUACAGCGUUCUGGAUGGAAGCUCCGUACCUCAAGGUGGACACAAUCGCGGCGGACGAGAGCUUCUCCCAGGUGGAUUUUGGUGGCAGGUUGAUGAAAGUGAACACAGAGGUGCGGAGUUUCGGUCCGCUGUCCAAAAGUGGCUUUUAUUUGGCAUUUCAGGACUAUGGCGCGUGCAUGUCCCUGCUGUCUGUACGUGUGUUCUAUAAAAAGUGUCCCAGCGUGGUGCAAAACUUUGCAAUCUUUCCUGAGACCAUGACCGGGGCAGAGAGCACCUCGCUUGUGAUUGCUCGAGGGAUGUGCAUCCCAAACUCGGAGGAAGUGGACGUCCCGAUAAAGUUGUAUUGUAAUGGUGACGGGGACUGGAUGGUUCCGAUUGGGAGCUGCACCUGCAAGUCUGGAUUCGAGCCGGACAAUGGGAACAUCUGUCGGGCGUGUCCUCCAGGGACGUUUAAGUCCAGUCAAGGGACAGGUAUGUGUCUCCAGUGUCCACCAAACAGCAGGUCCACAUCAGAAGCAGCCACCAUCUGCGUCUGCAGGAACGGCUACUACAGAGCAGACGGAGAGCAGCCGGACAUGCCCUGCACCAGUGUUCCCUCUGGGCCAAGGAACAUCAUAUCCAUCGUCAACGAGACCUCCGUCACUUUGGAGUGGCACUCUCCGCGUGAGACAGGCGGACGUGAGGACGUCGUUUACAAUAUUGUUUGUAAGAAAUGCCAGGCAGACCGGCGAUCGUGCUCUCACUGCGACGAUAAUGUGGAAUUUUUCCCCCACCAAUUGAGUCUGACCGAAACCAGAGUCUUCAUCAGUAACCUACUGGCUCACACACUCUACACAUUUGAGAUCCAGGCGGUCAAUGGCGUCACCAACAAAAGCCCGUAUCCUGCUCAGCAUGUCUCCAUAGACAUCACAACCAACCAGGCUGCUCCGUCCAUUGUUCCGAUAAUGCAUCAGGUCAGUUCUACGAUGAAAAGCAUCACCUUGUCAUGGCCACAGCCUGAACAGCCCAAUGGAAUCAUUCUGGAUUAUGAGCUACGCUACUAUGAGAAGGAUCUGUCUGAGGUGAACUCUACACAGGUGAAGAGUCAGACAAACACAGCGCGUGUGGAUGGAUUACGGCCAGGCACCAUGUAUGUGAUGCAGGUUCGCGCCAGGACAGUCGCUGGUUUCGGCAAAUACAGCAGCAAAAUGUGCUUCCAAACCCUCACAGAUGACGACUAUAAAUCAGAGCUGAGGGAACAGUUGCCAUUGAUUGCGGGCUCAGCUGCGGCUGGAGUGGUCUUCAUUGUGUCUCUCGUGGCCAUAUCUAUAGUCUGUAGCAGAAAACGAGUGUACAAUAAGGAGGCGGUGUACAGCGACAAACUCCAGCACUACAGUACCGGCAGAGAACUCUCAUUGAGGCCUGAUUUGUCAAACUGCCACACGCCAAUGGGCUGCCCGACCCUACCUGGUUCUCCAGGGAUGAAGAUCUACAUUGACCCCUUCACCUAUGAGGACCCCAAUGAAGCUGUGAGAGAGUUUGCCAAGGAGAUCGAUGUCUCGACUGUCAAGAUUGAAGAAGUUAUUGGGGCAGGUGAGUUUGGGGAAGUGUAUAAAGGUCGACUCAAACUGCCUGGAAAACGAGAGAUCUAUGUUGCCAUCAAAACACUGAAGGCGGGCUAUUCUGAGAAGCAGAGACGGGACUUCCUGUCAGAGGCAUCAAUCAUGGGGCAAUUCGACCACCCCAACAUCAUUCGUCUGGAGGGCGUGGUCACCAAGAGCCGGCCAGUCAUGAUCGUCACAGAGUUCAUGGAAAAUGGAGCUCUUGACUCCUUCCUCAGGCAAAAUGACGGGCAGUUUACAGUGAUCCAGUUGGUAGGGAUGAUGAGGGGUAUUGCAGCAGGGAUGAAGUAUCUGUCAGAGAUGAAUUAUGUCCACCGAGACCUCGCCGCCCGCAACAUCCUGGUCAACAGCAACCUCGUGUGUAAGGUGUCGGAUUUUGGCCUGUCCCGUUAUCUGCAGGAAGACACCUCUGACCCCACCUACACCAGCUCACUGGGUGGAAAGAUUCCAGUGAGAUGGACCUCGCCAGAAGCGAUUGCAUACAGGAAGUUCACUUCUGCUAGUGAUGUCUGGAGUUACGGUAUCGUCAUGUGGGAGGUGAUGUCCUUUGGCGAGAGACCCUACUGGGACAUGAGCAACCAAGAUGUGAUCAACGCUAUCGAGCAAGAUUACAGGCUUCCGCCACCGAUGGACUGCCCCACUGCUCUGCACCAGCUGAUGCUCGACUGCUGGCAGAAAGAUCGCAAUGCUCGGCCACGAUUUACGGACAUCGUCAACACACUCGACAAACUCAUCCGCAACCCCACAAGCCUAAAAGCAGUCGCCAGUAUACCCACUAUUCCGUCCCAGCCAUUGUUGGACAGAUCCAUCCCUGACUUUACCACCUUUAGUUCUGUUGAAGACUGGUUGGCCGCCAUUAAGAUGUCUCAGUACAGAGACAACUUCCUUAACUCCGGCUUCACGUCCCUCCAGCUCAUCACCCAGAUGACUUCAGAGGACCUGUUGAGGAUAGGUGUGACUCUGGCUGGCCAUCAGAAGAAAAUCCUCAACACCAUCCAGUCCAUGCAUCUGCAGAUGUCCCAAAACCCCACUGCACUGGCAUGACUACAAGGGGCGCCGGACGACGGGCUGGGCAGCUUGCAGAAGAGGUACCAGCGGGUGAGCCCAGUCCCAUCGGAGCGCGCCAGAAUAGAAACUAUCAUCCUGAUCUGAGAACGUGUUUCAGGAGAGAAAUAAGAAUAACCAUCCCAUAAUCAACAGAGCAGACCGGACCAAAUCUGGUCUGGACUGGACUUGCUGGGACUCACAGGGAGUCUGUUAACCUGUCGGCUGAGAGAAGGAAACAGGAUACCUGCUUCCUUGUCUUUCUUUCUGCCUUUUGGACUACAUUUACAAGGGAAACUGAAGAAGUGGACUCUUUUACUGUCCAUUUCGCAAAAAAAAAAUUUUGUCUCAUCGGACACACAUCCUACGUUUUUGUUUUCUUUGUGAUAUGUAUCAACAUAACGAAGAACUGACUUUUUUUUUUUGUCCAUUUUGCCACAAUUUUGUCUAAUCGGACGCACGUUCUAUGUUUUUGUUAUCUUCACGAUGUUAAUCAACAAACCACAACUAUUCAAAUUUUGUUACGAUGAAAACACGUCUUUGUCUUUCUUUACGUUUUUUCCAAGAUAAAGACACCUAUUCCUUCAAUUGCCAUUGCUUCCCACUUAUACUACCUGUCGAUCUUGUUAUGGCCAACGUUGCCAAAGGACAUCCUGUAUGCCUGUGCGCACACAAACCACCCCCCCCCCAACUCCCCCACCCCACCCUCCAGCCAUACGAGCGUAAAUUAUGUAUAACUUUAAAUAAAUAUGAAUAUAUCUUCAGAGUAAACCUUCAUAUUGAAGGUGAAGUGUAAUAGACUUGUAUGUAAAUGCCCUCUUCUUCCGCUUGCAUUUUUGGCAAUGUUGCAUUUUGAUUGGACCAGAAUCGCCCGCGAGACGCCUCGCGUUUCUGGAGGACAUGAACUCGCUUACGUUACGUAACGCCACGAGAACUAUUUGGGAUGAACUGUUGACUUUGUCGAUGUUGUGUAAAUAUGAGUUAGUAGUGUAUAAAAUAGCGGAAAAAAGAAAUACUUUAGACGAAAAAAUAUUCAGGCCACUAAACGAAUCAGUGUUUAUUGUAGGUGUUCCUAUGCACUUACCUGUACAGCUUUUAUUUCUUGCACCUCUUCUUCUACUUCUUCUUCUAGUUGUUCUAGUUAGUUUUGUGUCAGAGUGUUUGGAUGAGUCAACUAGUGUUGGGAAGGUGCGUUGUCAUCACCUAAACUAGCUGGUACACUUAAAUGUAGUUCCACUGUUAAUUAGCUGUACUAAUGUUGGUCUAACAGGGUCUUUAAAACUGCUAAUCUGUUUUCCAAACACGUGUUUACAUGAUAAGCAAACAAAAGUGUUGCAGUCAGGUAACAAACAAUUUCAAAUCUAGCUACUUACACAUGCGCACACAAAACCGCUGUCCUUCACAAGUAAACCACCACCUUUAUUAGUCACUCGCUCAGCUCCAGAUGUUUCCAGAUGACAUUGUUAAAUGUGUUACAUGUUUUUCAUGUCACCAGCUCAACAGUUAUUUGUGUGUGCCUCUAAAUCAAACAUCUGUGUGACCCUUCUACGAACAGAUGCCCAGUGCCGCCCCAUUGAGCACACUCUACUUAAGCAGUCAAUGAAGCACUGGAUAGCACACACACAAAGACUCCUACACAAACACAAACUGUUGUCGAAUUUGGGCUGUGCCUCAAUUCAUAACCAUAGAGAAGUAGUGUUAGUUGAUACUUCAUUCGCCUUUUAUGCAGUCUGUGUUUGUAUGUGUGUGAUGAAUUAGCUGCAACAUGGGCUCUGUUCCAAAACCUAGUGAGCUGCCUAUGUAGGCAGCAUUUUAAGGCUCCAAAUGCAAAGGACUCCUAUAAAAGAUAGACAGCAUGAUUAUACUACCUUCUUUUGGCCAAAUUUUAAAGCAGCACUGCAUGUAUCUUUAGCGGACAACGUCACCCAUAAUGUAUUGCGACUAGCUCGAAGCAAGAAAAGUGUUGAUUCUACAGUAAAUAUACUUAUAAUUAAUUCCAUAAAUGAUCGUUAAAAUUGUUCAGUCUAAUUAGAAAAUAUUAUUUUACCCAAUAUUUGUGUGUGCUAUGUAUUUUUACACUUUGAAUUAGAAUUAGAAAAUAAUGUUGUUAGCUUAGCAACAUGCUAAUGCCAAGAUCUUGGUUCUACAAACAGUUGUUGAUGUGUUUAUUUAUUUUUUUGCCGACUGUUUUGAUUUCAUUUGAAAAAUUUUAUAUGGUUGGUGUAAAUAUCACCUGACCAGAGCCAUUUAAUUUAACUUUGCCCAUCUGAAUGAUACCUGUGUCAAAGCCACAUAAAAGGAAGCAUACAAAACCUGUUAUAAUACACGUUCACUAUGGUAUUUAGUACAUAUAAUGUUAAAAUGGUCUAUUAUUGAUUUAUUAAUAAGAUUGCUUUAGCUCAUGUAAAUCAUACUCACUGGACAUCUAAACAUAUACAGUACUUGGGAAAACACAGGGCCUCAUUUUUUUUUUAAUAGGAAACUGAUUGAGUCGCAUUAUAAAAUUAAAUAUAUUAAUUUACAAUAUAAAAAACUAAGUAAAAUAAAAAAAGAAAAAUGCAAUUAUUCUUGGUUUAUCAUUUAUCAUUUCUAACAUGCACAAUUGCAUGUUAGUGAAAAAAUAUUGAAUUAAGUAACUUUAUUGUUUGCCCUUUCCUAUUGGGUCUUAUUAAGAACUGUGCAAAAUUUUAUUUUGUAGUUUCCAAACUUUUACAAUUAUGACAAAGAAUAAAGUGCAUACUUUCACUAACUUAACACUAAAAAAAAAAAAAAAAAAAAUAAUAAGGCAUGUCUAUCUGAGAUUAAAUGUGUUGUAAAUUUAGAGAAAUUUUCAUUUCAAGACUUUUUGCAUGACUCACAGAGUUGCUCAACAAGAGCGUUCCAAAUGAAUCACUUAUGAGAUUCCAUUUCUUUAGGAUGCCCUGUUUGAAAGCAGCUCACUAGGACUUGCAGAGCCAUUGUCUUAUGGUUUAUGGUUAUUCAGUAAGAGCAACAUGCACACACACAAACACUCACACAUAAUCAGUCAUGCAGAUAUACCCAAGGUGUUACACCUAAUUGGCUACAAUAAAUUUCACCAUGGCAACUAAAUAGCGCAUUGCCUCUUUGUUAAGGAUAACACAUUUUCACAGCUUCUGCCAAGAGGCUAUUACCUUCGGACAAAGGCACUGUGGUUGUAUUACACUGAAGAAACUGAAUACAUUCCUCAAUACGAUGGUACUGGUGAUAAUUCCAGGUGUGAUCUGCUCUUAUAAAAUCGUUCGCAUGAGAUUGAAAUGUCUGCCCCUUCUGGCCCAGUGUAAGAGCCCAGAGGCAGCUCAGUUAAUGAUUGCAAAGUAUUUGCUUUGUGCCUCUUGUGGCUAGUGUCCAGCUCGUUCGCUGUGGGGGCGUAACCAAGCUGUCCGGCUUCCUGCCGUAUUGCCGCGCUGAAAAAUGGCUGACUUGUGCUCAUCGCCAUGGACACGCUGGGGAGGGUGGAGCCUGCUGGGCUACCAGCCGGAACAGCAUAGGCUGUGGAGAGUGAUGAAUGAGCCAGGGUGAGUGGAAACAAAAGAAAAAGGGAAAACGAGAGACUGUAAAGAGUCCCGGCUAGAAAAUGCAGAAUGGAGAACUAAAGAAAGGAAGUGAGAGAUUUUAGACUUUAAAGUCAACAUGAAAUCAAAACUGGUCCUUUUUAUUUCCAUAAUAGAUGUUCCUAAUUUUAUUGAGUUUAAUUUAUCAGUGCAUGUUAUUGAAAAGGAAAAAUAAAACAUUUGUCUUUGUAAUCCUUUAUUUUUUUAGCCCCUUCUCUCCAAUCAUGUAGUUUCAUUCUUGUAAAGUAUGUAACAUCUGUUUUAUUUUAUUUUUUGUUUUUUAUUUUUUACAAUCCGAUACCUGAUUAAGUAACAAUUUCAUUACAAAAUCAAGUUCAAAUUUCAUUUUCCAAUCAAUUCCUGAUGAAUAUCUGUGCAGCUUUCUCUUGUUCUACAAAAGCUGAAAUCGAGCUGUUUUGGAUGAAUGUGUGUUAUGUAUGCUGUACAACACAGUGCUUCACUGUCUGCAAAUAGACAGCCUCAACGUAACGUAAGACACAUAUAGAACCAUCACAGAUAUAAUAUACUGUAAGAUGUACUUUAAGGGUAUUGUUUGUAAUGUGAAUGUGUCCUCCUUCUGUCAUGUCUCUCUUCUGUUAUUUUAAAUUCUGUUUGCACAUGUUCACCAAAACCCAACUGAACCGAAAGCACUGGCCUGGCACCAUUAAGAUGAUCUUCAUCUCCUGCAGGGGUUUCCUCCUCUUCCCCUUUUCGAGACUUGAUGGAAUGGGCAGGGACUGGGAGGGUGAAUGGAAAUAAUUUGAGUCUAAUUUUAUCACUCUUUGCCUGGAGUGUCGACACUUUCUAGAGUGUUGUGUGCGCUUGGCAGUGGAUCAGCUGAUAUGCUUUACCGUGCCAGCUGAAGUGUCGUGUAUAUUUGUACACCGGCACGUCUCAGACUUCACAAGCGCAAACAAAAAGCAAGUUUGAAACAAGCAAAAGCUACGCCUGACACUGCCUGUAGGAACAAGGCUGUUUUUUUCUUCUGUGCUUCAAAAUACACUCAUGUUAAAGCAAUGGAGUAUUACUUCUGGCAACUGAGAAUAAAAGAGAGAGAGAGUCAGAAGGUUCAAAAGAGGUGAACUGUUGAUAUUACUAGCAUGGCAUGGAUUCUAGCUCGCACUGUUUUGUAGAUACCGAAAGAAAGAAAGCCCCCCACCCACGCCGCCAAAGCUGUAUAGUUAACACUCGUUUCUUGUGAUGAGUAUGUCAGAGUUUGAAACUGUAACUUUCAGAGAACUAUUGUACUGAAAUGCACUCAAUAAAGACCUUGGAAGAACUGAAA